GCCACACCAUCUGUAAUGCGACUCACGUAGCUUGUCAGAAAUCGGGGCGAUGCCGAACCACUGUCGAAUGUUGUCAUGUGUACGUGGUCGAGGCGCGUCGGGUCACAGAACGGUAGAUCUUCGACUUCAGAUGGUCGAGUGUGCUCUUGUCGUAUAUGACACCAGUCGUGGAACGCCAUUUCGACCAUGCAGAGUUGACACAAGUGGUGAUUUUCAGAAUAAGGCUACCAUCAGAAGCAAUUGUCGACCCAAGGUACUUGAACGCGUUUGUUCGAGGUAA